GAAACGCAAACAGACGAAAGAAAAUAGUAAAACAUACAAGUUACCUAGUUUCCCUUAUGCAUUUAUGGUCUGGUUGUAUGAAACUAUUCCGUUAUGUCUUAAGGCAUCUAUAUGCCAAUAUGAUGCUUCGCAAGAGUAUAGGAUUUGUAGGUGGUCAAGUACUGGAAAUCCUAACUCUGGGGAGCUGGAUAGGAAAAUUUUCAUGUCAUCAAAGGUAAAUAAGUAUUUAUUAAAAUUAUGUAGUUGUUUCUGUUUACUGGUGUGAUAUAUUUUUUGUAAACUUAUCUGCUUACUUUUUCUCGUUUUUUUACUUUUUUUUUUUUGUAGCUGAAAGCUCAAGCUAUUCUCCCCAUUGAUGUUGAAAGGAAGAUGAUGAAACUUGAAGGUUUUGAUUUCCCCGUGUUGGAAACUUCUGAAGAUGAUUUUGAUGAUGAGCCAUUACAAAGGAAGCAUUAUGAGAAAGGUGACCCAUCUGGUAUACAGAGAAGUUAUGGUGUGGGGAAAUCUGAUCUAGUAGAGUUAAAGAACAAUGUGAAGAUGCUUGUUGGUAAUCAAACAAAAUUUGAUGAGUCUUUGAGUUUGUUGAGUACUGAGAUGAAGUGUAGUGUUAAGGAAUGUGAGUUGAAUAUGAAGUCUUAUAUCGAUGCAAAAAUUGAUGGAAGUUUGAAGUUUUAUUUGGACAUGAAGUUCAAUGAGUUGAGAAAUUGCUUUUUAAGUGGAAAUGAUGGUGGAAAUGUUGUAGUGAGCGAUGAGGAUACUUUUAAUAUGAAUGAUGAUGACCUUGUUUUGACAAAUGAAGAAGAGCCAGUUGUGGAGGUUGAAAAAGCUGGAGAUGAAAUGUUGGUAGAUAAUAAGGUUGAGGAAGUUUUAGAUGUUACGAAUAUAGAGAAUAAGAAUGAUGGUGGUAGUCAGCCUACUUUUGAUAUAAUGUGUUUUAUUACAUCCCAACCUGGUGAUGAGAAAGGGGAUGAUGACAAGAAAGAAGUGGUUGAUGAUGAUCAUGAGAUGUUCAAGAACGGAUCUAACAAGUUAAGGGAAGAUGAUAAUGAUGGCGAUGACAAGGGUAUUGGUGGUGAUGGGGUUGGUGCCAAGGAAGUUAAAGGUGGAGGUAAUGUUGGUGGAUCUAGUGGUGGAGUGAGUGCUGGGGAGUCAGCUGUCAAAGAAGGCAAGGAGGUAGUUAGUGUAAAUGAGAAGGUUGCUGAUGAUGAGAUGAUUUAUGAAGAAACUAAAGAGUUUACUGGUGCAACUGAAAAGUUGGGUGAUAGUCAAGGUACAGAGGAUAGUAUAACACUAUCUGCUUUAGAGAAGAUCAAUGAUAUUGAGGAAACAAUUGCAAAGGUAUUUUUAUGUUCGUGUUUGGUAAUUGUUAUGGAUUAUUAGGUUGUUUUUUUUUAACUGUUUUUUUUUUUUUGUAGGGUAAGGUGUUGCACAAAGAAGUAAUGGCUUCUAAUCAGAGGAAUAUUGCAAAGGUUCCAUGUUUUAAAUGUUUAAUUAUUAUCUACCAACAUUUAUUUUUUAAUUUUGUUUAUGUACUUAUUAUUGAAACUUUUUAGUUUAUUUUUAUUAUUACUAUUUUUAUUUUUAAAAUUUGUGUUUGUUGUGUUUGUUGGUAGGAUUUGAAUGUAGAGUUUACGCCCAAGGUUGUUAAAAGGGCUGCGAAGCCUGGAUCUGUAAUGAAGAGUCCUUACACAACAAAUUUUGGUUCGGCCAGCAGUGGUAAACCAACUGGUGAAGUGUAUGGAUUGUUUCCAUUUUCAAAUGGAUUGAUGGCCAUGCCAGAUGAGCUUCAAGUUAAAUCAUUUGAGCAAUGGUUCAAGGCUGGUUUCAAUGAUAAAAACAAAUUGAAGAAGUUCAAACAAGAGGAUCGAGUAUUGAAGGUGCCAUUAGAUUUUGUUGUUGUGAAGGUUAACGAUAAAAUGUGGUUUUACGAUCUGAGAACCCCGGGGAGAAAUUUAUCAUGUUCGGUUAGUAUUUUUUUCUUAUGAUAUAUUGAUGGGAGUUUUGUUUUUUUAUGUUUGUGUUUGAGUUUUCAUUUAUUUGUUUAUAAUUUAUGUUUUUUUUUUAUGUUAUACGUUAUGCAGCAUAUUGAUGUGUGCUUUUAUUACUUGAGGAAGCAAAUUAAGUAUGACAAAAGUGUGAGGGUUGCUGCCAGCACCACUGAUUGUUUUUUUGCAGCCCAUAUAUUUGAUUUGUACAAUAAGUUUUGUGCAAAUGAUGAGGAUAUUAAUUCUGUUCCUCGGGACACUAAGGCAGCUGCGUAUAUUGCGGGAUUUGGCUUGUUGUGUGGUAAACCAUGGUUCGUUUUAGAUUUCAUGCUAUUUCCGGUCAAUGUAAUGGCUUUGGCACAUUGGAUUUUGUGCGUCUUUGACAUCAAGAUGAGAUGUCUUAAGGUGUGCAAUUCUUUGAGGCGUGGAAAGUUUAAGGACAGUCGCAGUUUUGUGAAUGCAUUUGCUGUUAUUUUGCCGAUUUUAUUGUCUCAUGUGGAUUUCUAUGGUCGGAGGUCUGAUAUUGACAAGAGCACUCAGUAUUUUCAGGGAGUGAAGGAUACAGAUCCAUUGGAAAUUGUUUUUAUAGAUAAAUUGCCUCAACAAGAUCAGUGGUAACUAUAUUGUAUAUUUUUUAUUUUUUUUAUUAACAUUUUAGUUUACGAUGGUUCUGACUGUUAUUUUUAUUCUUUAUUUUGUAGUGACUGCGGUGUAUUCGUUAUAAAGUAUGCUGAAUACUUUAUACAUGAAAUGAUCAACAAUGUCCCCAAAACUUUGAAUAUGGAUUUCGUCCGAAAGAAGAUGUGCGUUGAGCUUUUUGUGCAUGCUAUGAAGAAGGAGUUGAAUGG